GUGCUCAACUCCAUUCUGGUUUUAUCACUCAAUUUUGGAAUAAGAACGAGCAGAGCGAGCAAACCAGAAGGUUUUUGUGGGAAAGGUAUGGCGAGCGAAGAAGAAAGCACAGUGAAGGAGCCCCUCGAUCUCAUCAGACUCAGCCUUGACGAGCGAAUCUAUGUCAAGCUUCGCUCUGAUAGAGAACUCAGAGGAAAACUACACGCCUAUGAUCAGCAUUUAAAUAUGAUACUAGGUGAUGUUGAAGAAAUCAUUACUACGGUAGAAAUUGAUGAUGAAACUUAUGAAGAGAUUGUUCGGACAACAAGACGCACUGUUCCAUUUCUUUUUGUCAGGGGAGAUGGUGUGAUAUUGGUUUCUCCACCAUUGAGGACUGCUUGAUUAGAAAUACGAGGACAAGGUUGCACUUGGAGGGAGGAGUUAUCUUGAGUUGGAAACCGCCUUACAGAAACAAUGUUUAAUAUUUACUUUUGAGGAAAUUAUAAUUGAACUAGUUUGCCUUCAAAGAUUGAUGUUGUAAUUGUGUCAGUAUGUUCUGAAGCCUUUCUAAAAAAUAUCAGUAAGGGAUUGAUUAUCUGUAUCUCAUGUUUAACCAAUAUGCUAGUAGUCUUUAUGGGUU